AUGAAUUCAUAAUGUGAUUAGCCUUUUUAAUAUAGACAACUACGAUCCUAAUCUCUUAGCCCAUAUAAUGAUUUCAAUCUUAUUAAGCAACUUAAACGAUAACUCCAUUACCCUCCAUAAAAAACACAAUAAUUGUCGUCUUUCGAAUAUAUGCAAAAUGAAGAAUAAAUUGAAACUAAUAUAAUUCACUCAGGUAAUUAACAACUUCUAAUUUAAAUAAGAUUCAAUCUAACAAUAUUGCAAAAUCAUUAAAAGUAGAAAGAAUUCAUUAAUUCUUGAAGCUAAUUCUAUUCCUAUCAAUCAAAUUGUCGGAUAAAGUUUGGAAAGCAAUCAAUUUAACAAUAUUGUUCCAAAGAUCAUUGUUGUCAAAAAUUUACAAUAAAAAUUAACAAAGAAAAAAUAAAAACCAUUAAAUCCUAUCAACCCUUAAGAUUGUAACGAUGACGAAACAAAUCAAUAAACUUUUAUUGGACCUAAUUCAAAUAAUGUAUCAUAGACUUAGACUAAAAGGGAUAUUGUGGCUAUCUUACCAUAAAUUAAAAAAUCUAAACUCAUUUUACCUGAUGAAUAACCUAUUAAAAGAUCAGCAAGAUAUGAAUAAUUAAUGGUAAUUAAAAAUAUUAAUUUAGAAAAAAACCUGUGAUGAACAACUCUAUGAAUUAUAAUCAUUAAUUAAGAAAAUGUAAAAGUAGCCAAUUGUGAAAAAAGAGAAAAAAGUUACUUUUCUCAUUUGA